AGUUCACUCAAUUUUUAACUGAAGCACAACUGACAAAGCACCAAAAUGUCGAAGAGCUUGAAUUCGAUGGUAUGGGACUAUUUGGUGUUCUUCAUCUUCGUGAUAGCCAGCACGUUCGUGGCAGUGUACUCGAGAUUUUUCGGGCCUAAGGAAAAAACGAAAGCUGAUUAUGUGUUCGCCGCCGGGAAAGUGUCCAUGGCCGCCAUGAUGUUGAGCAUAGCCAGAGGCACUCUUGGUGUCAGAUCGUUUUUGGGUUAUCCCUCUGAGCUGUUCUACAGAGGCAGCGCCAUGUGGGAGACGCUCUACGGGAUGGUACUGGCCUACCCUAUAGUAUGCUACGUGUUUGUACCGGUCUACUUCAGCUUGGGUAUCACUUCAGUAUAUCAGUACCUGGACAUGAGGUUCAAAUCUCGACUGGUACGAUGUCUGGCUUCCGGAACCUACGUUGUGAGGCAGUUGCUCAAUCAAGGCGUUACAGUGUUCACUCCUUGUGUCGCUUUGAAUACCGUGAUUGGUAUACCGUACUGGGCAUCAAUAUCUGGUAUCACUUUAGCCAGUAUUAUAUUUAAUCUGUUGGGUGGACUUAAGGCGGCCAUUCUCGCCGACGUCAUGCAGGGCUUGACCAUGAUAGCGGUCAGUUUCGCCAUUAUAGUGCAGGGAUGCGUGGAAGCAGGCGGACCGGGAAACGUGUUUUAUCUCAGCAAGAGGGACGGAAGACUAAAUUUUUUCAAUUGGAGCACUGACCUAACAGCGAGAGUCACAACCACUUCGGCUCUGGUAGGGCAGCUUUUCAUGUCCUUAUCAAUUUUCGGCUGUCAACAGAACUUCGUUCAGAGAUAUUGCAGCAUGGAAUCGCAAAAGAAAGUAACGAAAACUUUAAUGUACAAUAUUCCUGUGAUUACUGUACUAUUCAGUUUGUCCUGGGUGGUUGGAAUGGUAGUAUAUGCAGUCUACGCCAAUUGUGAUCCUCUGUCAUCGGGGUACAUUCAGAAAUUUGACGAAAUUUUACCAUUCUUCGUCGAAGAUCGUUUCAGUUAUUUGCCUGGUAUUUUGGGACUGUUUUUGGCCAGUCUUUUUAAUGGAGCCCUCAGUUUGAACGUUUCGAACAUUAAUUCCCUGGCGACGGUAGCUUUCGAGGACUUUAUCCGGCCGCUGCCCGCCCUCAAGGGCAUGAAGGAUUCGAAACAAUUACUCAGCAUCAAAAUAAUCGGCAUCGUCUUUGCCUUCAUCAUUAUGGGCAUCGCGUUUGGAGUGGGCAUGCUAGAUGGAGUUAUCGAGUCGUCUAUGCUGGUGACGUCGGCCACGUCAGGACCAUUGCUGGGGGUGUUUAUUAUGGCGAUGCUGAUUCCUUGUGCCAAUUGGAAGGGCGCAUCAGUGGGUGUCAUCGUAGGACAUAUUAUUAUUCUGUGGAUAACCUUCGGCGGACUCACAGUUGACAAGCCUCCAGCAGCUGUUCUCCCACUCAAUACUGAUGGUUGCUCAAACAGUUCGUUCAAUGACAAUAUUUUGAAACCAGAACACAGAGUGCCUGUAUGGACACCAACUACUACUCAGUCACCUCGUUACACUAUUUAUAAUGAUUCUUUAGCACCAUUAAAUACUACCAGGGCUGAAACUAUGGAUCCACUCACCGCGCUGUAUUCGAUCACCUACAUGUACUACGCCUGCAUCGGCUGCUUCUUUACAGUUUUCAUCGGCUGGGCAGUGUCCUAUUUUACCGGCAGCGAAAGCGAUCUAUACGACGAGGAAUUGAUUCAUCCUUGGGCCCGAAAGAUGGCUGACUUUUUCCCUGGAAAGAAACGAAGAUAUGCCAGCAAAACUUUCGAAAAAACUUCGAAGAAAGUGAAGAGGAACGAUUCUAGUGUACUGAGCGUGAGUCCUAGUACUAGCUCAAUCCAGAACCAGACUCCAACAAAACAAGAACUAGAACAAACAGAGAAUCUCAAGAAUAACGGUGCAGUAAAUGAGGGAUACUCUCAUGAUAUGCCCAUGGAGGAAGUAAACGGUACAUACAGGACAAAGUUGUGAUUUGAGCUAGAGUUAUUGGGGUACUUCUAGGAAGAGAAUCUUUUUUAAGACUUUCUUCCAGAGAUAAAAUGAAGAUUACCCUCUGCGUGUUUGCCCCUAAAAAUGUCUGUGAUCUCUAGCUGUAGUACGAUUACUUAAAAAACACAAAAAGACCUACUAGUUAUUUUUUUAUCUCAUUGAUAUUAAUUUCUUACUUAUUAGCCCUCUAUUUUUGUUACUUAUUAUCUUUUAUGUAUUAAAUUUAGUAGUGUUAUAUUACUGCUUUCUAAUUUAUUUAUUAAGAUUAAAUGAAGUAUUAUAGGUACUUAAAUCAAUUUUAGCCUAGAGCUUAAAGAAGAUUAUUUUUAUGAGUUAUAUCUAGAUAGUUAUUUAAAUGAAUUUAUUUUAAACCAAGUACUACGUGUAUUAAUUUUAAAUGUGUUUUAAAUUAAUUUAAUAGAGUAUUAGAAGUAUCGAUAUGAUUAAAGAAAAUUUAAUGCAUGCAUUAAACAAUUUCGUAUUAAGAACAUUAUAAAUUUGUAGGAUCCAUUUACAUUAAAUGCAUUAUCAUUCAAAACAUGAUACAGUGUAUUUAAUAAAAAAAUUUUUUGUA